CCCUCAUCUAACCUCAAAAACCCUAGCAGUUCGCCCUUUUCUUCAUCGCCACCAGUCUUCAGCCUGCAUCUUCUCUCGCAGCCUCGGCUUGGUCUCUCACGAAUAGGAAGCGACCAUGGUUUCCGCCAAGAAGACAAAGAAGACCCAUGAGAGCAUCAACAACAGGUUGGCUCUGGUGAUGAAGAGUGGAAAAUUCACUCUUGGUUACAAGACAGUCCUUAAAUCGCUUCGCAAUUCAAAAGGGAAGUUGAUUAUUAUCUCUAACAAUUGCCCACCUCUGCGCAAGUCUGAGAUUGAGUACUAUGCCAUGCUCGCAAAGAUUGGGGUGCACCACUUCAAUGGAAACAAUGUCGAUCUGGGUACAGCGUGCGGCAAGUACUUCCGAGUCUCAUGCCUGAGCAUUAUUGAUCCAGGUGAUUCUGAUAUCAUCAAGACGCUGCCAGGUGACCAGUGAUUGACUCAUUUUGGCUUAUAGUACAAUUCAGAAGCGAAUUAUAAACUUGUGGUCUUCUGUUCUAGUUCAAGUAGAAGUGUGAGACUUACUUUUGUUAAGAUAUUGGUAUCUUAUUGCUUCCAUAGUUUAUUUUUCAGCCUUUCAAGACUCUUAUAUUCGGAAGUUGUGUAUGAUUAAUUUGUCAUCUUGAGGCAUGGUUUAAUGAAGAAAUAUUUGAGUCAUUUUUUUCAUUUCUUUUA